GCUCUCUGUCAUGUGGCCGCCGGGCUCCUCCAAUCAACGGCCCCGGAGCGCUCGGGCCGUCAAUUCAAACAGUUAGACCACGACGGUUAGCAAGUGUCAUCCUGCUGGGUGGUCGCUCCCCUCCCCCAGCACCCGCCAUCUCCGGCCUGCGUUCGGAGCCGCGGCGAGCAGCAUGGAGAGCCGGCUGGUGACAGCGGGGCCCUACCGCGCCACAAAGCUGUGGAAUGAAGUUACUAAAUACUUUCGAGCAGGGAUGCCACUGCGGAAGCACAGGCAACGUUUCAGAAAAUACGGGAAUUGUUUUAGUGCCGUGGAAGCCGUGGACUGGCUCCAGGAACUGCUUAGGAGCAACAGGAAUUUUGGUCCCGAAGUUACUAGGCAACAAACCGUUCAAUUACUAAGAAAGUUUCUCAAGAAUCAUGUAAUUGAGGACAUAAAAGGAAGAUGGGGAUCAGAAAAUCUAGAUGACAACAACAACCUAUUCAGAUUCCCUUCAACCUCUCCAGUUAAAACUUUGUCAAGAAGGUCCCUGUUGAAAGAGGAUACAGAAAAUAUUCCAAAAGAGGAAGAAAGGCUCUUUAAACUACCACAUUUCUCCAGAAGGACUCCUAAAAAAUAUGAAUUACUUGAUACUCUGGAGAACAUAGAAAACACAAAAAGUGAAAUAAUGGAAGAGGACAAGGAAAACUUACACAGGAAGAAAAUAAGUCAAGAGGAUAUAGAAGAAAUUUGGCGAAACAUAAUUUUGAUACACUUGCAAACCAUUUUAGGUCUACCAUCUUUGGAAGAAGUCUUGCACUCAGCACAAGUAAUUCCUCAAUAUGUCAUGUACAACAUGACUAACACAAGUAAACAUGGUGUUGUUGUUCUGCAAAACAAAUCAGAAGACCUCCCUCAUUGGGUAUUGUCAGCUAUGAAGUGCCUUGCAUACUGGCCUAGAAGUAAUGACAUGAGCCAACCAACUUACGUUGGUUUUGAACGGGAUGUGUUCAGAACAGUUGCUGAUUACUUUCUCAAUCUACCUGAACCAUUGCUUACUUUUGAAUACUAUGAACUGUUUGUGAACAUUCUUGUUGUGUGUGGCUACAUCACAAUUCCAUAUAGACCCAGUGGAAAAUACUGUAUCCAAGAUGAGGCGUGUGACCCACAGCCUUCAAAAACUCUGCACUUGAACUCUUUCAAGUCAACUGAAUGUCUUCUACUAAGUUUACUUCGAAAAGAGACUGAAAAACAAGAGGAAGAAUCUGAGCCUUCUGGAAAUAUUUCCCAAAAUGAACAUACUCUUCAAAAAGGAUGUGCUAAAAAAUUACAGCACUACAACUUUGCGUGUAAACAAGCCAGUGCUCAUGACUUAAGAGGAGAAAGCUGUCAAAAUCUGUCAGGUUUAAAGAAUGAACAGGCCCAGCCUCUCAAACUUAGGGCAAGGUGCUAUUCUUUGGAACGAAUUGCAGCUACUACCUCAAGUUUUUGUAGUGAAGUGGGAUCAAACUCCCUCUAUCAAUCUGACAUUAACAUAAAGUCAGGCAAAAAUAAGGAAAACCCACUACUACACUCUGGGUACAAAGCAGAAUCGCUGUUGAAUAUUGGAUCAAAUAGCACUGGGCAGAAACAACCGUGUGGUUCCAGGAGAGUGUCUGCGUCAACAGUUCACGAUCAAGAGCUAUGUAAUGGGAAUCACAAAUCUAAGCAACUCUGCAGGUCUCAGAGUUUACUUGGAAGCAGUAAGUCCAGAAAUUGCAGUGGCAUCAAUACACCUGUUGCUGAAAUCACAGUAAAACCAUAUCCAAUAGUUCAUCUUGGACAAAGGAAAUCAAGUACUACCAGUGUGAUUACUAUAGUAGAAAAUGAGCCUAUGGAUUCUGAUAUCACAGUCAAUAAACGACUCUGCAAAAGUGUAGUAGAACUUUCAGAAAACUCUUUCAUUCCAGCUUCCUUUAUAUUGACUGGCACGCAAAAUCUUCUCCGGCCUCAUUUAGAAAGGGUUGCCAUUGAAGCACUACAGAUAUGCUGUUUGUUGCUUCCUCCACCAAAUCGUAGAAAGCUUCAACUCCUAAUGCGUAUGAUCUCUCGAAUCAGCCAAAAUGUUGAUAUGCCUCGACUUCAUGAUGCAAUGGGCACAAGGUCUCUGAUGAUAGAGACUUUUUCUCGAUGUGUGUUAUGCUGUGCGGAAGAAGUGGACCUUGAUGAGCUACUUGCCACAAGAUUAGUUUCAUUUCUAAUGGAUCAUCAGCAGGACAUUUUUCAAGUUCCAGCUUACCUACAGGUUGCAGUGCAAGAUCAUAUAGAAUCUCUAAAGAACGCUCAGUUCCAACAUCCAGGGGAAGACAUCAGUGCUAUUUUGCCAACUUAUUCAUAUUGUAAGCGGAUAACUCCUCAGGAGUUUGAUGAACAAAAAGUUUCUACCUCUCAAGCUGCAGUUGCAGAACUCUUGGAGAACAUUAUCCGGGACAAAAGCUUGUCUCUGAGAGACAAAAAGAAAAAGCUAAAACGGUUUCAGAAGGAAUAUCCACUGAUCUACCAGAACAGAUUUCCAACUACAGAAAGUGAAGCAAUAUUAUUUGAAAACAAACCAACAAUUAAGCAACCAAUGCUUAGCCUGAAAAAACCAAAGUUUCGUAGCCUAAGAUACUAAUUCAACUAUACCUCUUGAAUUUAUUUAUCUGGUUGGUAUAUGCAUAGUCUAGUGAAGGAAACUUACUAUGAAAAUCUGAUAUUUACUUUGUGGAGGGGGAGAGAGAUGUGCACAUGCACACUUUUUAUGUUAAAAGGUGCCAAAGUAUCUUUGUUCUGGAGAUCAUUUUUCACUUAUCAAAUCUUGAAAUGAGAUAAAUAUUUAAUGUUUACAAGUUACCCAACACAUGCAAACAAAUACUGAGUUGUAUGUGUUGAACCUCAGAAGUAAAAAGAAAUGUGAAAAGAAACAUGAAGUUAUUAGUAACCAAAAAAUGUCUGUGUGAUAUUACUAGAGUCUGGGAAACUAAUAGUAUGCAUAUUGUUGUAACUUUUGUGUUAAAUCUGUUUUGAAAAUGAUGCUAUUUAAAUUGUAGUUUUGGUUUUUAAUAAUUUCUUGUGUACUGUAUAAAUGCUCUGGUUGGCUACUCCGUAUAGUGUGUACUUGCAAAAAAAGAUUACCUUUUUGGAUUGAAAAAGGUGACAUCCGGGCCUCACUGGCUUCAGUAGGGCUAGAAAUUCACCCUAGGUUACGGAUUAAUCUGUUUAUCCAACUUCAAACUCAUAUAUACUUUUCAUUUUGCACUCAUUUGUAAAUCAUUAAAAUCAUUUUAACUUUUUAAUAUAUUUAUACAUGUUAAAACUAUUAUACUUGGUUUUAUAUAUAUUUCUAAUUUUUGAUGGAAAGCUGGUCUCAAAUACAUGGAUAACUGACCUGAAACACUGCUUGAACAAAAUAAGGAAGAGGGGAGGAUGAUAUAUACCUACACUGAACCAAAUUGGCAUAUAGGUAUUGUAUAUUAGGCCUCAGUGUUUUAUUUAUAACACUGCUGAGCUGGCUUUUACAAGACUUUUGGAAAAUGUCUGUAUUGUUCCCUUUCUUAAACAUCAUGGGUGAUAUGGCCCUAAUGAAGGCAAUGGGAGUUUUCCUGUUGACUUGAUGGCUAGGAUGUCAUCCCUUGUCUUCAGCAGGAUUUUAAAUCUCUGUGCAAUAAAUUUCACAUCUUGAAAGUAGGUUUUUUUUUCCCCAGGUAUUUCCAUACACUAUGCUAACAUUUGUGUACUAUUUUUGUUGUUGUUGCCAGGGUUUUUUGUGGGUGGGUUUGAUUUUUGUCUUUUAAAUUCAGGACAACAUGUGCAUAUGCAGGGAGCUUUUGUUGGGGGGUGGGUUUGUUUUAUCCAUUCAGUUUUAUGGGUCACUUAUUUGUCCAUUCCUUAAGCACUUUUAUGUAUUGUUAAAGGUAUAAAUUAGAUGUAAAUGGUCACUGCUAGUUAUGCUGGUGAUUUAAUGUAGUUAAAUCACAGUUUAUUUAUCUAUCUAAUGCAAAAGCCUUGUCAUAAUGUUAAACUCUUUUGCACGUUGUACAUGCAUGUUAAGCCAUACUGAAACUAAACUUUGAUUGUAGGGAGUACGUGUUUUUGUGUGUGUAGUUUUUAAACUCUGGAUUUGUAGAUAAUCUUUUUGGAUGAGUCCUGGGCCUAUUGUAGUCAAUGGGAGUUGUACCACUAAUUUCACCCUUUAACAAUCCAGAUCCAGCCCCUAAAUUCAAACAUGUGGAACUGUAUACAUGUGAGUAGCCCUACAAGGGGAUUACUCUUUGUAAGUGUUUGUAGAAUUGGGCUCCAGCUUGUACAUAAAGUAGCUGCAUUACAGCUGUAAAACAACAA